AUGCAUCGUCUUUUUGCUGAGCUGGAGCCAUCUUUAAUCGUCACAGAGCAAAACCUGGCAGACCGAGUUCGGUAUAUCUUGCGCUCAAAUAUAUUUGAUGUCGCCGAACUCGAACGGCUACGACGUGAGGCUGUUCCCUCGUCGGAUGAGAAUGCUACGGCUGAGGAUGCGGCGCCACAAAUGGUAGAGCAACCCGCAAACGUGGAUGCCGCCGUGAAUACCCCAGUUGUGGUUGAUUCAAACGAUGAUGGAACAGUCGCCCAGGAACUGGAAUUAGAGCAUAUGAGGAGUAUAUUGGAAGAGGCGAUUGUGGAAACGCGCAGUACGCCUCUCGAAAAUCGACCGCGACUUCCCCGCAUAGCCCUAAGCAAGCGGAAUCGGGCUGUCGUGAGGGCUCUGAACCCAAUGCUGGUUACCUAUUUGGAAGCCAGCCGGGACCUUUGCGAGACGGACUCAAUUCUUUUUGGCGCCGCGCUGGCAGUCUGCCGUAUCAUAGGCGCCAAGGUUUCCACGGCUGGACGCGCUACUGGCCAUAGUAGCGCUAUCCCAGCAUGGAGAAGAAGAAUUGAGGAACGUAUCGCAAAGGCUAGAGCUCUCAUCGGCAGACUGAUAUGCUUCAGAUCAGGCAACAACAGGCCAAGAAUUGUGCGCACCGUCAGGAUGGCGUUUGCUGGGACAAAUGUCAGUUUGUCCCAGCCGGAUAUAACGCAAAAACUGACGGAGCGCAUAGAUGAUCUGAAGCAGAGAAUCGCUGCUUGGGGAAAGCGGAUUCGGCGAUAUACCGAGAGGUCGACACGGUUCAACCAGAAUCGUCUCUUCCAGAGUGAUCAGAAGAGGCUCUAUGAAUCAUUGGAGCGACCAAUGGUAAGUGGAACGGGUCCAGCACCGGAUCAGGCCGACACUGUAGCAUUCUGGCGCGGCCUGUGGUCAGAGCCCGUAAACCACAGCGAGGGCCCUUGGACGGAAGUUGUGGCGAGUCAGUGUGCGGGUAUUACGCCCAUGGACCCCGUCAUCAUAACGCCGGAUGACGUAGCAGAGGCGGUUCGUAGGGCCCCGAACUGGAAAAGUCCGGGGCUUGACGGGCUGCAUCACUACUGGCUGAAGGGGUUCAUGAAAGUUUUAUACAACUGCACGAGAACGUGCGAUGUCAAAGUAUUCGAGCAUGCUCCUGUUUUGCACUGUGGUGGUGAAAUUAAGUACUAUUAA